CUCGUAAAUAACUUGCAAAAAAGAGAAGGCAUUCAAGUUUUAACAUAGUGAGACUCAUUGAUAUGGCAAGCAUAGCAGAUAACUGGAAGGAUUUCAGUGGUGCAAAGAACUGGGAGGGUCUUUUGGACCACCCUAUCAACACUGAUUUCCGCCGUUAUCUUAUUCACUAUGGUGAAAGGGUUGGAGCUAUCGGCGAUGCCUUCAAUUACGUGAAGGCAUCGGAUUCAUAUGCGCUUUCCCGUCAUCCACCAGAAGAAUUAUUCAUGAACGUGAAUCUACAGAAUGGAAAUCCAUUCAAAUACCAAGUAACUAAGUACUUCUAUUUGAAAUCAGAAGACAUUGCAGAGGUGCUCGAAUUGGAUCUCGAAGGGUCUGCUUGGAUCGGUUACGUGGCUGUAACAACCGAUGAAGGCCAGAGAGUAUUAGGGAGAAGGGAUAUUUUGGUUUGCUGGAGAGGAACAAUCUUGCCCGCGGAAUGGUUAAAGGAUUUUCUAUUCGUUUUAAUACCAGCUUCUGAUAUUUUUGGAGCAACCAACAAUCCCAAGGUGCACAGUGGUUUUCACAAUGUGUACGUGGCCAAAAGUUCGAAGUCCAAAUACAAUAAGACCAGUGCUAGGGAGCAGGUUCUUGCUGAGGUCAGGAGACUUGUGGACAGGUAUGCUCUCAAUGGAGAGGAAGUGAGCAUAACCGUGGCAGGCCAUAGCUUAGGUGCAGCACUUGCAACAUUGAAUGCCAUGGACAUAGUUGCCAACGGUUACAACAAGCCAUCUGGGUCGGACAUAGGAUUUCCUGUCACAGUCUUUGCAUAUGCAUGUCCCCGCGUAGGAGAUCAAGGCUUCCAAGAUGUAUUCAAUGGUCUUACCAACGAUCUUCAUGUGUUACGUAUAAAAAACUCGAAAGAUCCUGUUCCUCGUCAUCCAGUACUUUUGUACCAAGAUGUAGGUAAAGAACUGGAAAUUGACAGUAUCAAGUCCCCGUACCCCAAGGAUCCCACCAAACCCCAUGAUUUAGAGCUUUAUCUACAUACAAUAGCAGGUUACCAAGGGAAAGAAGAAGAAUUCAAGUUAGUGGUCGAUCGUGAUAUAGCACUGCUAAACAAAGGUCUCGACUUAUUGCCGGACAAGUAUAAAAUACCACCUAAUUGGUGGAAUGUGAAGAACAAUGGUAUGAUCCAAACAGACAACGGAUUCUGGAAGUUGAAUGAUUAUGUGCCGGAUCCUCCUACUGAAGAUGAUGUUGAGGGGAUCAUCCUCUAACUGGAAAACAGUAUUCUGUCGCCAGCAUGAUACUGAUCUUAUUCAAAAUUAUGGCAAUUUCCUAAUAGCAGUAAGUUGGCAAUAAGCCAAGCAUCAAAUAAUAAAACUUAAUAAGGGUUCUAUGCCUCUCUAAGAUAUUAAUAAAUGAACAACUCCUUGUAGAAGUGGAGGAGUUCAGGAAUUUGUAUUUCGUAUGUUGCUUUCUGGCAAUUGUUGGCCUGCUUUGACCGUCUUAGAUUAUUGGCUUGCUA